AUGCCUACUUCGACUGCUACGUCCAAAGGCCAGAGAGGUCACAAGCCGAAGGUCCAGCGAAAACGCACAGAUAUGGAGGAAGUAGAUGAAAGUUCACAGGCUGAGAUUGAGAAUGUUUACGUCAGGCUUUCUAAAACUUCCACGUCUAUAGCCAGUCGCUAUAAUCCUCAACUGGCCGAUCACUCUGCCCUGGUUGAGACUUGGCCUUCCUUGCCCAUCGAUAUUGCUGCCAAGAAAGCCGGAGUUAUUGAGAAACUAUCAAUGCUGAGUGAUCGAUUUCCGAAUGGCUACGUCCCACCUCACGAACUGGGCAAGCGCUUUCUUGUAGGACGAAAUGUUCGAUUUCACAAUGAAGAGGAAAAAUCGCUUGCCCUUGCUGAGGCCCAAAGACUUGCACAACAACGUGCCGAUACAUUAUCGCAGCGAAAAGGCAACCUCGUGGAACCAGAAGACGUGACUUUUAAGCAGUUGAGUGAAGGUAACAAAAGCACUUUGAUUGAGAAGCUUGUUCGAGGAAGCUACACCAAGUUAGAAACUCAACCCGCCGACAAGCCUCAGGUUCUCGAUGAAGUCCUGAAGAAUCUCAGGAACAACGAAACAUAUCGGAGUGCUGGAAAAAGCUCCCAAUUCGUUGCCAAAGUCGAGUCACUUCUUGCUUCGGGCCGUCCAUCACCUGUGCCGAAAGCAUGA